GUGCGCGCCGGGCUGCCCUCCGCGUCCUGCCGCCCGCGCCCCUCCCCGAGCGCCACCAUGAACUCGCUGUUCAGGAAGAGGAACAAAGGCAAAUACAGCCCCGCCGUGCACACCCGGAGCAUCUCCAACAAGGAGCUUUCGGAGCUGAUUGAACAGCUGCAGAAGAAUGCCGACCAGGUGGAGAAGAACAUCGUGGACACUGAGGCCAAGAUGCAGAGCGACUUGGCCCAGCUACAGGAGGGGCGCCACCCAGAGCACCGGGACGUGACCCUGCAGAAAGUGUCAGACUCGGAGAAGCUGCUGUAUGUGCUGGAGGCGGAUGCAGCCAUCGCCAAACACAUGAAGCACCCCCAGGGAGACAUGAUCGCCGAGGACGUCCGCCAGCUGAAGGAGCGGGUGAGCAACCUGCGUGCGAAGCACAAGCAGAUGUACAGCCUGGCAGCGAGGGAGGCUGACCCACAGGUCAACUGGGCGGCAAUAGUGGAGGAGAAGCUGGACAAGCUGAGCAACCAGGGCUUUGGGACCGACCUUCCGCUGGUGGACAGCCAGGUGGAACAACACAACAUCUUCCACAACGAGGUCAAGGCCAUCGGGCCGCACCUGGCCAAGCAUGGGGACAAGGAGCAGAACAGCGAGCUCCAAGCCAAGUACCAGAAGCUUCUGGCCGCGUCGCAGGCUCGGCAGCAGCACCUGAGCUCGCUGCAGGACUACAUGCAGCGCUGCACCAACGAGCUGUACUGGCUGGACCAGCAGGCCAAGGGCCGCCUGCAGUACGACUGGAGCGACCGCAACCUUGACUACCCCAGCCGCCGGCGCCAGUACGAGAAUUUCAUCAAUCGGAACCUGGAGGCCAAAGAAGAAAGAAUCAACAAGCUGCACAGCGAGGGUGACCGGCUGCUGGCUGCCGACCACCCUGCAAGGAACUCCAUUGAGGCACACAUGGAGGCCGUGCAUGCAGACUGGAAGGAGUACCUGAACCUGCUCAUCUGUGAGGAGAGCCACCUGAAGUACAUGGAGGACUACCACCAGUUCCACAAAGACAUGAAGGAUGCUCAGGAGCUGCUGCGCAAGGUGGACUUGGACCUGAACCAGAAGUACAGCCCAGACUUCAAGGACCGGUAUCAGAUUGAGCUGCUGCUGCGGGAGGUGGAUGACCAGGAGAAGGCUCUGGACAAGUUUGAGGACGUAGUGCGCGGACUGCAGCAGCGGGGGCAGCAGGUGGUGCCGCUCAAGUUCCGCCGGGAGACGCCGCUCAAGCCCAUCCCCGUGGAGGCCCUCUGUGACUUCGAGGGGGAGCAGGGCCCCAUUUCUCGGGGCUACAGCUAUACCCUGCAGAAGAACAACGGGGAGCGCUGGGAGCUGACGGACGGCUCUGGGAACAAGCUGAUGGCACCAGCUGUCUGCUUCGUCAUUCCCCCCACUGACCCUGAGGCCCUGGCUCUGGCCGACAGCCUGGGAAGCCAGUACCGGAGUGUGAGGCAGAAGGCAGCCGGGAGCAAGCUUGCGCUCCAGCAGAGGCACGAAGUGCUGAGGACAGAAAACCCUGGAGAUGCCUCUGAUCUUCAGGGGCGACAGCUGCUGGCGGGCUUGGAUAAGGUGGCCAGUGACCUGGACCGACAAGAGAAGGCCAUCACAGGGAUCCUGCGGCCACCGCUGGAGCAAGGAAGGGCCGUGCAGGACAGUGCUGAGCGGGCCAAGGACCUUAAGAACAUCACCAACGAGCUGCUGCAGAUCGAGCCUGAGAAGACACGGAGCACAGCUGAGUGCAAGGCUUUUGUCCAGGCCCUUCCAGGCAGUGGUACCACCCCUUUGCUGAGCACCCGGGUGGAGGACAUCAAUCAGAAAUAUGAGCGUCUGUUGCAGCUACUGGACUCAGCCCAGGAGAAGGUGGACGUGGCCAACCGCCUAGAGAAGAGUCUGCAGCAGGGCCGGGAGAUGCUGGCCUCUCACGAGAACCAGCUGACGCAGGAUGACACGGUGCCAGAGAGCAGUCACAUCCUGGACAGAAAGAGACAGGAGCUAGAGGCCAUGGCUUCUGAGCUGCAGGCCCAGAAGUCCCUCCUGGGUGAGGUGGAGCAGAACCUGCAGGCUGUCAAGCAGUGCUCAAGCGCGCUGGCCAGCCGCUUCCAGGAGCACUGCCCGGACCUGGAGCGCCAGGAGGCCGAGGUGCACAAGCUGAACCAGCGCUUCGACAACCUGAGCCAGCAGGUGGAGCGCAGGGCCCAGAGCCUCCAGAGCGCCAGGGCUGCCUAUGAGGAGUACCGCCAGGGCUAUGAUCGUGUGCUCCAGUUCUUGACCAACACCCCCAGCUAUGAGCCUCAGGAGAUGGACAGCCUCAGCCAAGUGGAGACUAAGCUGAAGAACCAGAAGAACCUGCUAGAUGAGAUAGCAAGUAGGGAGCAGGAAGUACAGAAGGUCUACGCUGACUCCCAGCAAUACCAGCAAGCUGUGAAGGACUACGAGCUAGAAGCAGAGAAGCUAAGGUCCCUGCUAGACCUAGAGAAUGGAAGGAACAGCCACAUGAGCAAGAGAGCCAGGCUGCAGUCUCCCGGCGCCAAGGUGAAGGAGGAGGAAGCUGCCCUUGCUGCCAAGUUCACAGAGGUUAAUGCCAUCAACAGACAAAGGCUGCAGAAUCUGGAGUUUGCGCUGAAUCUCCUAAGACAGCAGCCAGAAGCAGGAGUGACCCGUGAGACUCUGCAAGGGAGCAAGGUGGGCUCCAGUGCAGAGGACACAUGGAAGAUUAAGAAGGAACUGGAGGAAGAGACAGAGCGCAGGCAGCAGCUGGAGAGUGAAGUCAAGAGCGCCCGGGAGGAAAUCGGGGCCUUGCAGGAUCAGGGGCCUCAGGAGUUGGUGGUGAGGAAGGAGGUGCUGAAGAAGCUGCCAGACCCUGCGCUGGAGGAGAGCUUCCAUCACCUGCAGCGGACCCUGGCAGAUGAGCAGCACAAGAACCGGGUGCUGCAGGAGGAGCUGGAAGCGCUUCAGCUUCGCUUGCGUGCCCUGGAGCAGGAGACCAAGGACGGUGGUCAGGAGUACGUGGUCAAGGAGGUCCUGCGGAUCGAGCCAGACAGAGCCCAGGAGGAUGAGGUCCUGCAGCUACGGGAGGAGCUGGAGGUGCUGCGGCGGCAGAAGGGUGCCCGGGAGGCCGAGGUACUCCUGCUGCAGCAACGUGUGGCAGCCCUGGCUGCAGAGAAGAGCAGGGCGCAGGAGAAGGUCACUGAGAGGGAGGUGGUGAAGCUCCAGAAUGACCCACAGCUGGAGGCUGAAUACAGGCAGCUGCAAGGGGAGCACCAACGGGAGGGUACACUCAGGGAGAAGCAGGAGGAGGAGCUGAGCUUCCUGCAAGCCAAGCUCCGGAGGCUGGAGAAGGAGCGGGCCAUGGCUGAGGGCAAGAUCACCGUCAAGGAGGUGCUCAAAGUAGAGAAGGACGCAGCCACAGAAAGGGAGGUCAGUGACCUUACUCGUCAAUAUGAGGAUGAGGCCACCAAGGCACGUGCUGGCCAGCGGGAGAAGACAGAACUGUUACGAAAGAUAUGGGCCCUGGAGGAGGAGAACGCCAAAGUGGUGGUGCAGGAGAAAGUCCGGGAGAUCGUGCGGCCAGACCCCAAGGCAGAGAGUGAAGUGGCCAACCUCCGCCUGGAGCUGGUGGAGCAGGAGCGCAAGUUCAGGGGUGCCGAAGAGCAGCUCAAGAGCUACCAGAGUGAGCUGGAGGCCCUGCGGAGGCGUGGCCCACAGGUGGAAGUCAAAGAGGUGACCAAAGAAGUCAUUAAAUACACAACUGACCCCGAGACCGAGCAGGAGCUCCGGCGACUCAGGGAGGAGAUUGUGGACAAGACUAGACUGAUUGAAAGAUGUGAUCUGGAGAUCUACCAACUGAAGCAGGAGAUCCAGGCUCUGAAAGAUGCCAAGCCACAGGUCCAGACCAGAGAGGUGGUCCAGGAGAUCCUACAGUUCCAGGAAGACCCCCAAACCAAGGAGGAGGUGGAAUCUCUGCGUGUAAGGCUGUCAGAAGAGCAGAAGAAGCAGGUGGACCUGGAGGCAGAGAGGGCAUCCCAGGAAGAAAAGAUCCGGCGCAAGGAGGAGGAGCUGGCACGGGGCAAGGAGAAAGUAGUGCGCCAGGAAGUGGUGCAGUAUGAGGAGGAGCCAGACCUGCGGGCAGAGGUGGCCACCUUCACCGACAGCAUCGAUGCUGAGCUGCGGCAGAUUGACAAGCUGCGCGCCGAGCUGCGGCGGCUGCAGCGCCGGCGUGCCGAGCUGGAGCGGCAGCUGGAGGAGCUGGAGCGUGAACGCCAGGCACGCCGGGCAGCUGAGCUGGAGGUGCAGCGCCUGCAGCAGCGGCUGGCUGUGCUGGAGCAGGAAGAGGCAGAGGCCGGAGAGAAGGUGACCCGCACGCAGAAGGUGGUGCUGCAGCAGGACCCACAGCAGGCCAGGGAGCAUGCCCUGCUCCAAGCCCAGCUGGAGGAAGAGAAGCACCGGCGGCAGCUGCUGGAGGAAGAGUACAAACUCCUGAGUAGGAAGCUGGUCUCCCUGGUGAAGGCCGAGUUCAAGGAGGAGAAGGAGAAGGAGAAGGUGGUGUUCUCUGAGAGUGUGCAGGUGGAGAAGGGAGACACGGAGCAAGAGAUCCAGAGACUCAAAAGAAGCCUGGAGGAGGAGAGCCGGAGCAAGAGGGAACUGGAUGCUGAGGUAACGCGACUGGAAGCCAAACUAUCGGAGCUAGAAUUCUACAACUCGAAGUCAUCCAAGGAACUAGAUUUCCUGAGGGAAGAAAACCAUAAACUGCAGCUGGAGAGGCAAAACCUGCAGCUUGAGACCCAGAGGCUCCAGUCAGAGAUUGAAAUGGCAGCGACGGAAACACGGGACCUGCGGAACACCACCGUGGUGGAUUCUGGGACCCACCUUGACUCCAGACUGUCAUCCCUGGAGAGGGAACUGGAUGACCUCAAGAGGAUGUCGAAGGACAAGGAUCUGGAAAUCGAUGAGCUGCAGAGGCGACUGGGCUCUGUAGCUGUCAAGAGGGAACAGCGCGAGAACCACUUGCGACGCUCCAUCGUGGUCAUUGACCCUGACUCCGGUCGUGAGCUGUCUCCAGAGGAGGCCCACCGGGCGGGGCUCAUCGACUGGAACAUGUUUGUCAAACUCAGAAGCCAAGAGUGCGACUGGGAGGAGAUAUCAGUGAAGGGUCCCAAUGGGGAGUCCUCAGUGAUCCAUGACAGGAAGUCUGGCAAGAAGUUCUCUAUUGAGGAAGCCCUGCGGAAUGGCAGGCUGACCCCUGCUCAGUAUGACCGCUACGUCAACAAGGAUAUGUCCAUUCAGGAGCUGGCAGUUCUAGUGUCUGGACAAAAGUAGGCCUGGCCCUUCUUGGAAGUGGACAUCUGGCUUGCUCCUUCCCAGCAACUUGCUGAGUGUCUUCUGCUACCCAGCUCUUGUGCAGGAUCCUGAGUGCAGCAUUUUAUCCAAGCUCUUAACAGGGUGCUCCUGGUGCAGCUCACGAGUGGGAUGGACAAUACUCAUCUCAGCCUCACUCAGCCUGGGUGAGCGACCUGACCCGUUCCUACCUGAUGACUUGACAACCAUGAUGUCCUUGUUUUCCCUUCCCCAUACAUUUCCAUCACCAGUGUAAUGGCUGGAAAGUCUGACAAGUGCCACAGAACAAGAGGACAUGGCAGACACACCUAUCAAGACAACAUGGCCUCAGAACAUCAGAUGGUGAAACCAAGGGCAGAAGGCUUUCUUUUUUGCUCUUCUCCACUUAUCAAAGGACUGGGCUGUCAGGACUGUCAAUCUGCUUUCUCAUUCCUUCUUUCUUGCUAGGAACCAACUGUCUAUCAACACUGCCUUCUCAGCAACAAUUCUGCCCAUGAAACAGACUGGGCUUACUCAGUACUAGAAGAUGCCAAGAACCUACAACAGCACCUGGCUCUUGGUGCUCCAGUGACCACUAACUGCCAGCUAGGCUGUCCCAGGAAGACAGGCAUCAGUGACUGUUUCAUGGUUAUGAAAUGAAAAAGAUCUUGGUAGUGGUGUGUUGCCUUACUUUCAUUGCCUUACAAGCCUUAUUAUUGCAUUAGUAUUUAGAUAUACAAAAGGUGAUUAUUCACCAAAUUUCUGGUUUUCUGUAUCUCAUGUAUUAUGUAAAGUAAUGGGAAGCAAAAGGAAACUUUAUUUAUAGCAUGAAAAUAAAAACCUGGUGGCUUGAUUCCAA